AUGGCCUUGCAGAACCGCGACCCAGCUGCCGCCAGGGUCGCCGCCGCCUGCAAAGGAACCAAGCCCAGCGGGGGCGCCGCCCGGGGCGCCGUGGGCAACAGGCUACAGCAGGAGCCGAUGACCCUCAUGAUGUCUGGUGACAAAGGCAUCUUUGCCUUCCCUGAAUCCGAUAACCUUUUCAAAUGGGUGGGGACCAUCCAUGGGGCAGCAGGCACAGUUUAUGAAGACCUGAGGUAUAAGCUCUCGCUGGAGUUCCCCAGUGGCUACCCUUACAACGCGCCCACGGUGAAGUUCCUCACACCCUGCUACCACCCCAACAUGGACACCCAGGGAAACAUCUGCCUGGACAUCCUGAAGGACAAGUGGUCUGCCCUGUAUGAUGUCAGGACCAUCCUGCUGUCCAUCCAGGGCCUGCUAGGAGAACCAAACAUUGAUAGUCCUUUGAACAUGUAUGCUGCCGAGCUCUGGAAAAACCCCACAGCCUUUAAGAAGUAUCUGCAAGAAACCUACUCGAAGCAGGUCUCCAGCCAAGAUCCCUGA